AUGACUGAAGGGAAUGAUCCUAGCUUGGUCACUACUGCUUCGCUGAAAGGAAGAGAAACGCCAAUUGAAGGUAUUCAAACCAAAAAAUCGAAUAGGGUUCUAAUUGAAACUCCAUCAAUGCCUUUUGAAACAGAAUCUUAUAAAUUUAGGCAAACCGCAACAAAAUCACAACAACAAACAUCACCAAGUCGUCGUGCACCGCAAACCUCAUCUGGAAAACGAAUUAAAGAAGGAUUAUACUCUAUAAAAUUCAAAGAUUCAACAUGGACUCACACAGAUCCUGAUGUUCCAGACCAUUACGCCAGUCGAGAAGAAAUAAUUGAAGUGUUAAACAACUUUGAAUCUGCCAUAAAGUCAUUAACUGGUGUCGAUGAUACAAAAACUGCUGCUGCAAUGCAAAAUAUUACAGAUUUACUACUAGAGCAAUUGGCAUGCAUGUUGCGUGCUGAGUGUAGAGAGCAAGUCCUAAUAGUCGAGAAAUCACGUGAGUCUUAUGCAGAAGUUUUUUUAUUACUUAGAAAAGAAAUUAACAAAAAUAGAGAUGAGAUGGAUAAGCUCAAAAACCAUAACGUUCAAUUAGAAGCUGAGUUAACUAAAGUAAUCGAUACUUCAUCUGAAAGAGUUAACGAAAUUCAAUUUGAAUGUGAAAGACAACUUAAAGCAAAAGAUGAGGAGAUGGAACUUCGUAAACAAGAAUACGAUCUAUCAAUGAAGCGUUUUCUUGAGCAAAAAUCUCAAUUAGAAGAACAUGUAAAAGCAUUACAUCGUGUUUUCUUAGAUUUCCAAAGCGACUCGGUUUAUAUUACUCUAGAAGACCUUAAACAGAAACUUGCUAAUACAGAAAAGAAAUUACGUCAUAAAGAAACAGAAAUUCAAAAAUUAAAUGAGAAAAUUGACAAACAUAAGAAGCAAAUACUAGAUUUACAAGCCCAAAAAACAAAUGUUGAUCAAGCAAAUGGGGAGCUUCGUAGAAAACUUCAAAAUGCGUUGGCAUCAAAAGGUCGACUCGAACGUCAGCUUGAAAUUCAACAAUUUGGCGAAGAAGAAGAUGGAGAUAAAAAGAACAAGCGUAAUAUGUUAGUAGAUUCCACUCCAUAUAUCAGUGUCCUUCAAAAAUUAAAUCAGAUAUAUGAUAAAAUCACAGAUAUUCUUCAACGCUCCAAUGUAAAUAUUCCUACUCAACAGCAAUACACAGACGAUAUCGAUAAGGUCCUUCUUUCCGGAAAUUCAAGUUUAAUGAUUCAAGCUGUUGAAAAAUGCGUCAUUGAUGUUCUCCAAACCACGGAGAGUCUUGGUAGUGUUGAUAUUCACGCUGAAAAUGACUUUGCUUCCGAUAUAAACCAGAAUCCUCGCUUCCUUCAGUACAUUGCACCUCACAUUGAUGUUCCUUUGCCAAAUACUCAGUCAUCUGAUUAUAAUCCGUUCCAAAUCAUUCGCCAGAUCUUCCAAGCCAAGUAUCUUCAAGACGAAUGGAUGAAGCGAACUGGCGGACAAGUUCAAAGAUUCCCUGAAUUCAUCAUAUCCUUUUUCAGCAGAAAUGACGAAUCUCUUUUUGUCGCUUUAACAAAUGCUGCUCGAUUAUGGAGAUGCGUUUCAGACGAGAAAUACAACGAGAUGAAACUAUUCAAAGCAUUUGCACUUGAAGAAUACACUUGCGAUGAGUUGACUUUCUUCUUAAGAUGCAGAUACCUUUUGUUGGGUCUUCCUGUUAUCGACAGCCAAAGUCCGAAGAAAAUCAUGGUGGAUAUCAGUGAAAUCAAAAACAUGAUGAAUUCAGUCGUCGGACAAUACUCCCAUGUUGCGCAAUCUGUACUUGAGAAAGCUGAGAAACAAGCGAAUAAUGAGAACAGAAUUGAUUACGCAGAAUUCAUGGUAAUUUUACUUGAAUUCUAUGAAAGAGAAAGAAGGAAGCGCAGAAAUGCAGUGAGAUUGAUGUUCCAAUCAAAGAGAUACAUGCAAGGAAACAUCAAAAUUGGUUUCGAAAACUUUGUUGCUUUAGUUAAAUCUCUUGGUUAUCAAGGUGAUUCUCAAACAGUUUUCGAAUUAUAUAGAGAGGCAACGAUGGUUUCUAAAGGUGAUUUAACUUUAGAAUCAUUGUUAACGGCCAUGGAUUCGAUGGGAUUCCACUUCUAUUCCAUCGAAGCUCCUGUUACUUUGCUUCAUAAUACUCCUGUUACUGAACUGAAAAGAAGUGACUUGUUCAAGAGAUGGAUAAGAUUUGGAAGAUGGUUCGAAGGAUUCCUGAGACCAUUGGGAACAUUUGAUACAUGGUUACACGCGGAAUUAAAACAGGCAGUAAAGAGAGUUGAUAACAUUUUCAAGACGAAUUCUCCCGUUCCAGUGAUGUUUAAUGAAUACCGAAGAUUGUUGGAUUAUUUCCAAUUUAUGCUCGAUAUGCUUGCAGAAGGAUCUAAGAAUCCAAUGACUCCUGAGAAAAGCAAUAGAGAAUUAUUACUUAUGGAGAAUUUAGUUGAUUUGUUAGUUACUCAUGUUGUCACUGAAUGUGACAAAGAUUAUAUAUUUGAAGAGCUAACAGGUCAAUAG